ACCGUGCCCUACUUCCUCCAACUCCCUUGUUAUCUUUUGUUUCUACGGAUGACAUCAUGAAUCUCUGUGGUUUAAGCGUAACAUCGGUGGACGCCAGCACUCUGGAUCUAAAGUCUGCAAGGCACCAUUUCAUUUAGAGAUGAAUGUGAAGCCAUUAAAAUGCAUCUGAUUACAUCCACCACUGGAAGCCCCGGUAUUGGGGGAGAACCUUAACCCAACAUGCAGGGGAGGCCGAGACAGGCCAAGCACGUGCAACUAGGAUGCCUAUCACCCAAGAAAAUGCCCUGAGUCAUCUCCCUCUUUUGGAGAACUGGCUCUGGGCUCAAGAGAAAGACCAAGAUGAAGACGAUGGGCCUCAGAAGAGCAUGGGCAGUCAGGCUCUUUGCCAGGCUGCUAUCCGUAAACUUGUGGAAUACAUCCAGCUGAACUUUGCUGAAGCUGAGAGCCCUUCUUUCAGUAGUAGCCUAUUCAGAGAGGAAAUUGAUGCUGUGGUGAGGGCGGUCUGCCUUCACAAGUGUGAGGGAGAUGGCCCUGAGUUUGGUCUCAGCUUUGGAAAUAUUCCAAUUUUUGGAGACCCCGAGGGGAAGACGAAAGGGGUCAGGAGGAGGCGCAGGAAGGGUGAUAAAGGCCCUGUAUUGGAUGUUGGGUGUAUUUGGGUGACUGAAGUGAAAAAGAACAGCCCAGCAGCCCGUUGUGGAGAUAUUAAACUGCGAGAUGAACUGCUGUCGCUUAACGGUCAGCUGAUGGUGGGAGUUGAUGUCACUGGAGCCAGUUACUUGGCAGAUCAGUGCUGGAAUGGAGGCUUCAUCUACCUGAUCAUGUUGCGAAGAAUCAAACGCAAGGCUCCUCUCCCUCCAUGCAAUGGCAGCAGUGGGGGCAACGGCGUGGACGUCUCCACCGAGCACCGAAACAAUGUCUCCUCCGAGCCCGCAGGCAGCCCCACACAGAACGGCAAGCGAACUCGCAAAUUUGGUGUCUUUUCCCGCUCCUCGUUCACUCGCGACAGCAAGGAUAUUAAAGAUAGCCAGGACUUUGAACUUGAGAAUGGCUAUUGUUCCAUGGAGGCAGAGGUCACUUCCCCAGAGAGCAGCACCCCUCAGGACACACCAACCGAUGAGAGUCCAGUCAUUGGUUCCUCGGAGCUGAUAGCCAAUCCUUUGAAGGUGGGGAGCAAGGCCACCCUACCUUGCCAAUUACACUCACACCUCUCUGAAAGCUGCAAAACAGAGUCAAUAAGUAGUGAAACUUCCACUCAGCCCCAUGAGGGCAGCCGGAUCUGGAAGAUGCAUAUGGUGAAGGGUCAGGAUGGACUGGGUAUCCAGAUCACCGGUGGACGAGGUUCCAAACGUUCUCCUCACGGCAUCAUCGUGGCCCAUGUGGAGGAGGGAGGGCCCACACAGAGAGAUGGACGUCUGAAGGCAGGUGAUGAGUUGCUGAUGAUUAACGGUCACUCGCUUGUUGGGCUCUCACACCAGGAGGCUGUAGCUGUGCUCCGCUCUACUGCUGGACUGGUGCAGCUGGUGGUAGCCAGCAGGGAUGAAUCCGAGGUGGACUUCCACAAGUACCCAUCCACCAGCCUGCCCGACUUAGUGAGCACGUGUUCGGGUCCGGAUGUCUCGCCUUCCCCUGGGGAGGAGAAGGAGAACAUGGAGCCAGACAUGGAGGACGUGAGGGCCAUCAGCCUUUCACUGCCCACCCAGGACUUGUUUACAGAGCUUGACAGACUGGAGGAACGUGGCAGGAUUGAGGGUCCCAAGGAAUAUUGCCGUAGCCCCACACCUAUGAAGUUUCGCAGCAGAUCUCAAGGUGGAGGGAGUCGUCUGGAGUCUGUCGGCGAAGACGAUGAACUAAUCGUGGAAAACGGUGAUACAGGAAGUGACAUGGCAGAAAAGCCAGUGCGAGGAGGACGCAAACAUUCUCUUCCUCAGCAACUGGACACAGUCGGCAUCCGACAGGAAUAUCAAAUCGUGAAGAAAUCGGCUCGUUCCCUGAGCACCGUUCAAGUGGAGUCUCCAUGGCGACUGGCACAGCCAUCCAUAAUCUCCAACAUUGUUUUGAUGAAAGGACAGGGCAAGGGUCUGGGGUUCAGUAUUGUCGGGGGGCAGGAUUCAGCUAGGGGGAGGAUGGGUAUAUUUGUCAAGACCAUUUUCCCCAAUGGAGCAGCUGCAGCUGACAGGCGGCUCAAAGAAGGCGAUGAGAUAUUGGAGGUGAACGGAGAGUCUUUGCAAGGCCUCACGCACCAGCAGGCCAUUCAGACCUUCAAGCAACUGAAGAAGGGAGUAGUUACCCUAACUGUGCGGACCCGUCUGAGAAGCCCCAGUCUUACCCCUUGUCCCACGCCUACACUACUCAGCAGAUCCAGCUCUCCAAACUCGAACGCCAGUGGUGGGACACCGGCCCCUCCUAGCCUUGAAGAUGGGGACUCUCGUAAGGGGCCGGGUCCCAAAGAUCGCAUUAUCAUGGAGGUUACAUUAAACAAAGAGCCAGGUGUGGGUCUGGGUAUUGGUGCCUGCUGUCUUACACUGGAGAACAGCGCUCCUGGGAUCUACAUCCACAGCUUGGCACCAGGAUCUGUUGCCAAAAUGGAUGGUAGACUCAGUCGAGGAGACCAGCUCUUAGAGGUGGAUUCUGUGAGCCUGAGACACGCAGCCCUGAGUGAAGCCUAUGCCAUCCUGAGUGAAUGUGGACCCGGCCCAGUCAGCCUAAUCAUUAGCCGACAUCCUAACCCCAAAGUGUCUGAACAAGAAAUGGAUGAAGUGAUCGCUCGCUCCACACACAGAGAUAGCCAUUCUUCCCAUACAUUGGGCCUGCCAUCCAAGAGUCUAUCUCCUACUGUUAAAAUCAAACAGGGUGGUGAGGUUAACCCAGCUCUCAGCUGGACCAUGAAGAGAUUCCUGGAGCCAGCGAGCAGGCAAUGCUCGCUGAGUUCAGAGUCAGAACUUUCUCAGUAUUUCUCGGUUCACGAUGUUCCCAGUCAGUCUUCCCUCUCUGAGACCAUGGCAAUGGGAUCAAGUUAUGACGAAUUGCUGCACAGUAGCAGGAGCUGUAAUACUUCCAUGGAGGAAUCGGCUGCACCUCAGCCACAUGUCUACAGGGAUGGUGUUUUCAGAGGCUCAGAUAGUAGUCCCACAACCCCAGACUGUUGUAAAGCCUCUACUGGUUUUGGUCGUGCUGGAGACCCUCCCCACCAGGCCAGCGUGGGCAGCAGCCCCAGUUCAGUACACAGCCCUCUUCUCCGCCAACGUCAGGUCAUCUGCUAUGGGGAUGAACCCAGUGACGAUGAAAAUGGCCUUGAAGAGGACAGCGGCCCCUUCCGUCAUCUCCUCUGCGGUGUCCCGGAGGGAGCCCACAACCACCACCACCAGGAGGAAGACUCUGGUAUUGUAAUAGCCACCUCAUCUCUUGAAGUUGAUGAUGAAAGCCAGGACAACAGCGAAAGCCACAGACAAAUCGACAGCAAGCCAGCCACUCCAAUCUAUGGUAGCUCAUUAGAAUCGGAGGACGGGCCUAGUGGGCCACCUGGUGCCGAAUCUCCCUUUAUGCCCAUUCGCUGUAUGGAACACAACUCUGGGGCAGCCGGAGGAACAAACCUAGGCAUGAAUAAAGAGCCUCAUCGGGAAGAGAAGGAGAUCAAGUGCUCACCCAAGGUGGAGCACAAAGCUGUGACUCGUGUGAAGAGCAUGAUGAGCAUCGAGUGCCCCAACCCUCCUCAAAGGGCCAAGAAUGAGGAGUCACAUUUACCUCCAACAAUGACUGCUCAGGUCACGCAGAACAACACUCAGCCUCCCUGCAGGCUUCUACACUGCAAGAAGGGCGAAUCCAGUGAGCUAGCUGGGGUCUGCACCAUUGAGACCAUAGUUCUCCAGCGUAGCGUGUCAGAGUCUUUUGGUCUGGAUCUGGAGAUUAAGUCAUCUCCUCUCAAGGUGCUGAUUACAGGGCUGAGACCAGGAGGUGUUGCAGAGAGGGAAGCCUUAGGGAAGAUGAGUGUUGGCGACGAGAUUGUAACAAUUGGUGACACCCCUGUGUGUACAUCCACCUAUCAGGAAAUCUGUGACCUCAUGCACAACCUGCCAAUCAAAUUGACCUUAGAGAUUAAGAAGCCAGUCUCAGCUGUAGAUCAACUUUCUAGCUUGAUUAUGUCCUCUGGCUGCAAGGACUCAUCUAAAUUGGAGGAACCCAGACCUCCUCCAGAGGAAAAAAGCAAUAUGGACAAAACUCCAGUUGUGGCUCAGGAGAGCCCUUCAUUUGAAACAAAUGCAAAACAUGCGGUAGCAAUCCACAGCAACAGUGUGCCGCCUGUAACUAAUAUUGAUGAUGUAAUAACUGAACUGAACUCUACUGCAAACAAAGAGAAGGACCAAAAUGUCUCAGGUUUCACAGACACAAGUGCAAAUGCAGGAGAGUGCAGUAAAGCGGAAGACAAAGGGUGUUCAACCACAGCACCAUCACAACCAAAUCCUCUAGAUUUCUCUGCACUAGAUGUGGGGAAUAACGCUUGCCAUUUUCCUGUAGGAAAGACAUUUUUAAAUAGUUACUCUAGGAACUUUAGUCACCUGGAAGAGGACAUUAUACUUCUGGAGAAAGGACAUGGAGAGAAACCAAGUAUGUACAGUCUGGUUGAGGAUAGUGACUCUGAGAGCAAUUCUGCCACUGACAGUUCUGUCAAAGUAGAGAAGCCUCAAGGUCACUGUGAGGAACCUCAGGACACUGACUCAGAUGAGGAAGUGGUAGAGCUCUGCUUCAGCACUGCUGUCAGUCAGCCUGCAUUCAGCCAAUCAGAGGAUAGAUCUCUUUCACAUGGAGACAGCAUCACAGAUAGACAAACUGUUAACCAGACACUUGCUGGCAUUGAUCUCCACAACCCUCCAUCAUUCUCCAUGCCAAACAAGGAUUUACCGGAGAAUAAUCAUUCCGUUUCACUCGCUGUGUUACAGGGCCCACUUUGCCCUCAGUUGUCAGAUGAUAACCUUUUGAAUGGGGACACCAGACACAGUCCCACACAACAAGAGGCAAUGUGUGUGAGAACUUCACCAAGCACAGCGCCCUCAAACUGCAAUGCUGAUGAAAAAUGUGAAACCAUUUCGGAACCUGUCAAAACUUGCAAGACACCAACAGGUGUCAGUUGUCCCCCUAUUACUCAGGGCAACUGCCAUGUCACUCCUAGGAGUCAAGAGAGGACAGCUAAGUUGCACUCAGCUGCAACUCUGUCUAUAGAGAAACCCAACACUGUGCAAGUGCCACUAAGGUCAAAUGUGUCAGAGCCAAUGGCAUCAAAUCAUGCCAAUGGCAAAUCUAGUGUGCAGGCUUGCCCUAAACUCACUCCAAUGGACAAGGAGAGAGAGAAAGUUCAUCCCACGCUUCACUCUAAAUCAUCACUUUCCCAGAACCAGAGUAAAUCCACCACUUACUGUGUCAGGUCUUUGGAAACUAAAUCCCUCAAUGACAACCCUGUUUCACCCCUGCUGAGAUGUAGACUCAAACUCGACAAUAAAAAGUCAAACACUGCUUCUAAACUCAAGGGAUUGAAUAUUACGAUUAAAUGUAAAGAGCAAGAACAGUCAGUCUCCAGAUCGCCGAGGGCAGAAAGUCCAGUACAGAAAAAAGCUCUUAGCUCCUCAAGUCAGUCUCCUAAACUCCAUGCUAGAAGAACUAUACCGACUGGUAGCCCAAAAUCAAGCAGAAUGUCUUUGUCUUGUAAAACUGACCAAAGUCGACCAAUUGUGUCCACUGCAUUAAAGGCAACUUCCACCGAAAUCGCCAAAGAAGAACUCCAAUCUGCUAGAGAGGAAUCGGUCUUGGAUCAAAAGGAGCAAGUUUCUAAGCCUGAGGUCACUGUGGCCCCCACACAAAGAACUUUCAUCGAGGUACGACUUUUAUCCUCUUCAAUCCCAUCUUCUUCAUCUUCCACACCUGUCCUGACUUGCAAGGAGGUUGUGAAUACAAGUUUGGCCUCAGUGUCAAACGAUCAAGUCGAGUGGGAGGAAUCUAAUUUGGAACACACUCUAGGAGCACACACAAUCUCAUUAGAAUCAAUCAACUCUUUAUCUAGUCCUCUGCAGCAUAAUGGUACUAUUAGGACAUGUGAAACUGUUGAAAAAGUGUUCUGCAAUGGCCAGGAAGAAAGCCCCCAAAGGAACUCAAAUAAUAAAGAUGCUGCUUCUAGUCUCAAGAUGAGCAAAUCCAAACUGUACCUAAGAGCACUAGACCGCAGAAGCUACUCUAUGGAUCCCAGUGGGUCUCUUGACCCAAACCCUUUCUCAGUUCGACAACGAAUCCAGUCCUUUGAGAAUUUGGCCAGCUUUGAUGGUUCUGUGAUAAGGUGCAUAGACAUUCCUUCUUAUGCUAUUAAGUCUAAACCACCUCUCAACCAGAGGCUGUCUGGGUACACCGGAUCUGUUAGCAUUCAGCCCGGUGAGAGAUAUUUUUUGAGGAGGAGUCUCAGCUCUUGUGUGGACAAUUUGAGCUCAGCUCCAUCUCCAUUGCAUCAACUACAGAAUUCUUCCUCCAAUGCAGUUAUAACCAACACUGAAUCGGCUCCUUCAAACGGAAGAACAGAGCCAGUUAUGAAGGAGAAAGCCAGAAAUGAAGCCUCUCAGAACCAGCCCACUGUUCACACACCACCAGUGCUGCGAUCCCGCAAUGCCCGCGCCAAUGGAGGCCUGUCACGCUCCAAACUAAGAGAGAUUAGGGCGCUAAGCAUGCCUGAACUGGACAAGCUGUGCACCGAGGAUUUUUCCAGUGACCCAGGCAAUGUGAUCUUUAAGACUGAGCUGGAAAUCUACCCUUGCAGGUCCACAGACCCAGCAUCACACAACCUGCAAUACACUGUUGUGACCAGCGUGAACAGUGUUAACACUGCAACGCCUGGUCCAACCAGCAAUAGGGAGCAACAUGAAGGCCAGGCCACAGGACUCUCAUGCUGGUCUAUAAAUUUGAAAGAUCUUGAAUCUUCUCCCUUGGACCAAAAUAAGGUACAAGAUGUUCUGUGUUCCCUCACAACUAAAGUGGAUGUGACGACUCUUAUACAGAGGACAGAAUCUCUCUCAAAGGUUAAAGAGGACAUUUACUUUGUCAUCUUAACUAAAGAGCAGGGAUCUGGACUGGGUUUCAGCAUCGCUGGAGGAGUAGACCUGGAGCAGAAAUCUGUUACGGUUCAUCGCGUGUUCACUCAUGGGGUGGCAGGGGUUGAAGGUUCCAUUCACAGAGGAGAUAGGGUUUUGUCAAUAAAUGGGACCAGCUUGAGUGGGAUCACACAUGGAGAGGCGCUGUCCUGUCUUCAUCAGACCAGGCUGCCAAGACAGGCAUUAGUGGUCAUCCAGAAGGGCAAAGAUACUGAGCUAACAUCGCCUAGGCCAGAACUUCCCCUUCAGGAUAGACAUUGCCCUUCACCUGUCCAAAGUGGCAGCUUCUGGGAAAAUAAAGCAAGUGUGGAGGUGGGACCGGAUGGGGCUUUAAGUGUGGAAUUACAGAAGACUACAGCUGGUCUAGGCUUCAGUCUAGAUGGAGGGAAAGCAUCUGCACAUGGAGAUCGACCACUCUACAUCAAGCGCAUUUUCAGAGGAGGAGCUGCUGAGCAGUCCCGCAUCAUUGAUGUUGGAGAUGAACUUCUAGCCAUCAACGGCAGGUCUUUGCAAGGCAUUAUGCACUACGAUGCCUGGAACAUUAUUAAAACAGUCUCUGAGGGCCCCGUCCAGUUAGUCAUCAGAAAACCCAGGACUUCUGUAUGACAUCUGAUCUACCUACACACAUUGCACGUAUCUGAUGAAGGUGCCAAACUGUGGUGGUCUUAUUGUACAUUUUCUGACUUUGCAUUGCUUUUUAUAUGUGUUUAUUACAGGAUCUCUGUGAUAAAGAAUUUGUUGCACGUUGAUUUUUAUACAAACGAGGCUUCUGCGAUAUUGUGUUAUGCUCACUAACAGUAUGCAGGAUUAUGGUAUUUUUUUGUGUGCCCUGACUUUGAACUUUGUAUCACACAAACUUUAAACUGUGUCCUUUAUGACUUUUUGAAGACAUUCAAAACAUAAGUAUAAGAAUUAUGAGUUAUAUGUUAUUAACUGCAUCCCUUGUACAAUUUAAUUUAAUUAAUAUGGGUCUGUGUAGCCUUAGACCGGUCAGAGUGCCCAUUAUGACCCGUCAACCGUUGAAAGCACAUACAACGGGCACGCAAGCAUCAGAACUGGACCUUGGAGCAGUGGAAGAAGGUUGCCUGGUCCAAUGAGUCACGUUUUCUUUUACACUACCGUUCAAAAGUUUGGGGUCACUUGCCUGAAAUGUUUCUCAUGAUCUUAAAAACAUUUUGAUCUGAAGGUGUAUGCUUAAAUAUUUAAAAUUAGUUUUGUAGACAAAAAUAUAAUUGUGCCAACAUAUUUAUUUAAAUACAAAAACUGUAUUUAAAAAGACGUUUUUGAAAUUGAUGACUUGGACCGAAUAAUUAAGAAAAGCAGCCACUAAGUGCCCAACAUAGAUGGGAACUCCUUCAAUACUGUUUAAAAAGGCAAUCCCAGGGUGACACCUCAAGUAGUUGGUUGAGAAAAUGUCAAGAGUACAUUUCUGCAAAAUCUAGGCAAAGUGUGGCCACUUUGAAGAUGCUAAAAUAUAACACAGUUUUGAUUUAUUUUGGAUUUUGUUUAGUCACAACAUAAUUCCCAUAGUUCCAUUUAUGUUAUUCCAUAGUUUUGAUGACUUUACUAUUAUUCUAAAAUGUGAAAAAUAUAAAAUAAAAUAAAAAUAAAGAAUGAGUAAGUGACCCUAAACUUUUGAACGGUAGUGUACAUCACAUAGACGGCGGUGUACGUGUGCGCCGUUUACCUAGGGAAAUGAUGGCACCAGGAUGCAUUGUAGGAAGAUGACGAGCACCGGUGGAGGGAGUAUGAUGCUCUGGGCAAUGUUCUACUGGGAAACCCAAUAGCAUGUGGACGUUAUUUUUACACAUGCCACCUAUCUAAACAUCAUUGCAGACCAGGUACACCCCUUCAUGGCAACGGUAUUCCCUGAUGGCAGUGGCCUCUUUCAGCAGGAUAAUGUGCCCUGCCACACUCCACACAUUGUUCAGGAAUGGUUUGAGGAACAUGAUGAAGAGUUCAAGGUGUUGCCCUGGCCUCCAAAUUCCCCAGAUCUCAAUCCGAUUUAGCAUCUGUGGGAUGUGCUGGACCAACAAGUCCGAUCCAUGGUGUUUCCACCUUGCAACUUAUAGGACUUGAAGGAUCUGCUGCUAAUGUCUUGGUGCCAGAUACCACAGGACACCUUCAGGGGUCUUGUAGAGUCCAUGCCUCGGUGGGUCGAUGCUGUUUUGGCAGCACGCGUACAACCAAAAGCAUAUUAAGUGUAAUGUUUUGGCUCAUCGGUGUAUCUACAAUGGUUCUGCAACUAUGAUUAUAUGGUAAAAAUGCAAACCACUUCAUAGUUGUGUGUUCAUGCUGCCUAAUCUGAUGGAUUAGUUAUUUUGAGCAACAUUUGAGCUAUUAAAGUAAGGUUUUGUUUGAACAGGUUUAUAACUUAAAAUGGAUUUGUAGAGUUGAUCUUUCCUCUGUUAUCAUUGAAAUGUACCUUUAUUUUCAUUGUUUCUCUUGAUAAUUUAAAGCCCUUUUUGGUUUUAAUUAAUUCAUUAUUUUAUCUUUAAGGUAAAGUGUGUAAUUUCUGCACCACUAGCGAGAUGAAGCAUAUUAGCAGAAUAAUUAUUGUUUUCCAAAAGGUUUUCCGAAAUAUUACUUAUUGCUAUGGACCCUUGUCAGCUUGUAAUGAAGCAUUUCUGCCUUAUUUACCAUGGCAUUGAUUUUCUUUUUUAAUUGCUGCGAUGGGGUUUUUAAAUACAGCUGAGAAAAUGACAGUAAAAUUGCCAUCUUUCGCUCUUCUGACUCCCGUAAUCCACCACUGUGUAUUUUUUCCUCUUUUGGAAAGUCGUGGAAACGUAUUAGUGGAAUUUUUCUCUUGCUUUUGGAGCAAAUGGAAACACAAAAAAAAGAUAUUUGCAGUGGUCUCCCAUUUACUGCUAUAUAAGUUUACCCCACUGUAGUUCCACAUGUUACAAACCCAUAAAUGUGAAAAGGGUCCAUUGUUCAAUAAACCGGUUAUUAACAUUUGAAAUAUACAGUUAUUAUACAGAGGUCCUUCAGGUCUGUUUGAUAAUUUUUUCAGCUGUGAAUAUUUUUCAUGUUUACUCACGUCUGAGACUUUAAGGAGAGUUGUUUCCCUGAUGAAUCAGUGCUGUUAUUUUAUUGUACUUGAAUUGUCUUAUGUACAUAUUACAGAUCCCACUGUUAUUACUUUAAUUUAAUUUAGCUAAGUAUUAAGCACAAGUGUGUAAACUAUGAUAUAUAUGAAAUAAGCGAUCAUGGCUAUUUCUAUUGUCUAUUAGACUUUUUAUUCUGCCCUUGUGAAUAAAGAAUAUUUUGUACAGUAA